AUGUCUCAUAAACAAUCAAUGAGAUCAAGGUCUUCAUUGAGUAAUACUAAUUCCUCAUCAAAUAUAUCAACACCAAUUAGAGCUAAUUCUACUAUAAAUAAUAAUAUUAAUUCAACUAAUACAUCAACAAUGAGAUCAAGUUUUAGACCUCCUUCAAGACCAACAAUUAUACGUUCAUCAUCACCUAUUCAACAACAACAUCACCAACAACAAACUCGUUCAAGACCGAGUUCAUCUUUAGCUAAUAGUAGACCUGGUACACCAAUAAAUUCAAGUAAUAAUUAUAUAAAUCGUCAAGAACCAUAUACUGGUACAAUUUCUGUAUCAAUUCGUCCAAAUCCUCAAACUUAUCAACAAAACCAAUCACAACAACAACAACAAAAUUGGAAUAUUGAUCCUUUUAAUAAUAUAAUAUCAAAUACUUUAGAUGGUACGAAUUUUAUAUUUGAUAAAGUAUUUCCAGCAAAUGAUAUAAAUUUAAAUAAUAAUUAUCAAGUUUAUAAAAGAACUUGUAAACCAAUAAUUGAUAAAUUUUUAAAUGAAGGAUAUAAUGGUACUGUAUUUGCUUAUGGUAUGACAGGAUCAGGUAAAACUUAUAGUAUGAAAGGUGAUGAAAAUGAAUUAGGAUUUAUUGAAUUAUCUAUAAAUGAAAUAUUUGCAAAAAUUAAUAAGGAAUCAAGUGACUUAAUAAAAUUUCAAAUUAAUUUAUCAUAUCUUGAAAUAUAUAAUGAGAAGAUUAUUGAUUUGCUCAGUAGUAGCAGUAGUACCAACAAUAAUAAUAAUCUACCUAUGACUGAUUUAAAAAUACGAGAUGAUCCGGAAUUUGGUAUAAAAGUUGUUGGUUUGAAUACCCCCUUAAUAACUUCAAAAGAUCAAAUAUUAUCGUUAAUUAGAAAAGGUGAUUUAAAUAGAAAAACAAGUGCAACUGAUUUUAAUUCAAGGUCUUCAAGAUCUCAUUCAAUUUUACAAAUAAGAUUAAAAACUAUAAAUACUUUAACAAAUAAUGAAAUAUUAUCAACUUUAUCAUUAUGUGAUUUAGCUGGUUCUGAAAGAGCUUCUUCAAGUUUAGAAAGGAGAAAAGAAGGUUCAUAUAUUAAUAAAUCUUUAUUAGCAUUAAGUAAUGUUAUAAAUAGAUUAUCAUCAUCUUCAAUGGCAAAUUCUUCAACAACUUCAUUAGCAUCAAUGACAAAUAAUGGAAUGGUUGAUAAUCAUAUUAGUUAUAGAGAUUCAAAAUUAACUAGAUUAUUACAACCUGCUCUAAGUGGUAAAAGUUUAGUACUGAUUUUAUGUACGAUUCAUAUGGGAUCGAAUUUAAACUCAAAUAACAAUAAUAAUUAUAAUUCAAAUCAAUCAGUUUCAGAAACUUAUAAAACUUUAAGAUUUGCAGCAAGAGCUAAAAAUAUUGUUAUAAAUGUUGAAAAAAAUAAUUUUAAAAAUAUAGAAACAAAUGAUUUAGAAGCUAUAAAAUUAAUUCAAGAUUUAAAUCAAACAAUUGAAGAACAAAAGAAAGAAAUAUUUAUAUUAAAAUCAUCAUCAUCUGCAAAUUUUAUGAAUAAUAGUAGUAUUAAUGAAUUUGAAUCAAAUACAUUAUCUUCAAAUAUAAUAGAACAAGAAUUAAAAUCAGAAAAUAAAAUUUUAAUUGAAAAAUUAAAUCAUUUAAAUAAACUUGUAGAUUUACAAAAUACUGAAACUAUAAUAAUAAAAGAUAAUAUGAUUAAUGAUAUAUUAGGUUGUAAUUUAGAUAAUAAUACUCAAUUAAUAAUGACAAAUAUUGAAGAAUUUUAUAAAAGAAUAAAUCAUGAAAUUAAUGAAUAUAAAAAUUAUAUAAAAAAUUUAGAAUCUCAAUUGAAAAUUGUUUAUCAACAAAAUUCAUCACUACCACAACACCAUCAACAAUCUCAAUCACAAUCUGAAGAUGAAUUAAUGGAAGUCUUGAAAGAACAAGAAGAAGAAAUUAUACAAUUAAAAAAUCAAAUACAAGAUAAAGAUCAUAUAAUAAAAUCAUUUACAAAAACAACAAAAUUUAGAAAAUUAAUUGAUUCAAAUACAAAUAAAAAUAAAAAUGAUUUAACUCCCAAAAAUCAAAAUUUAUUAUCAAAAAGUAAUUAUAGUCUAAUGGAUCAAGAUUAUAAACGAUAUUCUACAACAGUAUCAAGAGAUUCAAAUUUUAGUAAAGGUACAGAUGAAAUAGAUGAUGAUAAAGAAAAUGAACCUGAAAUUUUCAAAUUAACCACCAAUAGUGAUAAUAAUAGAGAUUUACUUAUAACUCCCAAAAAACCAAGAGCAAGUUUUGAUAUUUUACAAAGUUUAUAG